AUGGCACGGCGAAGAAAGGUGGUGCAGAAGCUAGUUCAGGCUGUCCCAUGUCAAGAGCUCCCUUCAUCCAUAGAGUUACAAUCGGAGGCUCCUUCGACUGAGCCUGUGUGUGAAAAAAGAGAAGAUGAGGCAGUGCCCUCUGUGACCCAAGAGUUUCCUGAUAAGGCGAAGGAAGUUGUUUCUCCUAAAGCUCCGAUACUGUCAAAGGAUAGAUCUAGUUCGUGGGCGGAAGAGGGGGGUUCGAAAUUAGAAUUUACGGAGCCUCUUCAGAAGGAUGGACAAAAGAUAGCUCAGCUGGAUAUUGAGGAGAUAGAAGUUGAAGCAUCAUUGUGGAAUUCGGCAUUGAUCUAUGUUGUCAUGGGUGCUAAUCCACCAUUAUCAGUUUUUGAAGGUUUUAUCAACAGGAUUUGGGGAAAGUUUGGGAUUGAACGAGUAGCACGGAUGAACUCUGGAUUUACGAUGGUCAAGUUCAGAGAUGAAGCUACACGUGAUAUGAUCUUAGAAUCAGGAGUUAUUCACUUUGAUAGGAAGCCUGUAAUCUUGAGACCUUGGACGACUGACAUAGAAAAUCUGAAAUCGAUCAAAUCGGUGCCUGUUUGGAUUCGUUUGCCUGAUCUGGGUUUACAGUAUUGGGGCACCAAAUGCUUAAGUGCAUUGUUCAUUAACUACAUCAAUGAGAGAGGCCAAGUUAUGGAUCAAUUGAUUGACUAUGAGUGGCUGCCUACUAAAUGUUCUAACUGUAAAAAGUUAGGACACACAGCUUCUUCUUGCAAGCAAUUGGAAGGUUUGGUUUGGAGGAAAAAAGAAGUCCCAGCUGAUAUUGCAGAAAAUAACACUAAGACUGCGGCUUCAGGAAGUAAGAACAACAACGAGACAAAUGUUUCAGGUCAGGCGGUAACAGUAGUGGACUCGCAUUCCCAGAGUGGGGAACUUCAGAAGGAGAAAGAUUGGACUACACCGAAAAAACUAGGUACCAUGAAGGUGAAAUCCCCUGAUAUUGGCCAGAAUACAAAAAAUGCUUUUAGUGUUCUUCAAGAACAGCAACAGUUCCUUCAUGAUCCUUCUCCAUUAUUGAAUUUGAAUGGACAAUUUCAACUUAAUGAGCUGGAACGUGAUAGAGUAGAGGAGGUAAUGAACUCUAGCUUUGUAAACUUGGAGUUUUACAGUAGCAAGGCUUUGGAAGGUCAAUCUUUCUGCUUCACUGUAGUAUAUGGUUUAAAUCAGAUAGAAUUGAGGAAAAGUCUAUGGUCUGCGUUGGCCUCAAUCUCUCUUCCUGUCAAACCGUGGUUAGUUCUUGGUGACUUUAAUUCUGUCUUUGAAGUAGAAGAGCGAAUUGGGGGUAAGGUCAUUUCACCUAAAGAAGUUGAGGAUGCUAGGAAAUGGCUUGAUCUUGGGAUUGUGGAAGAAAUGAAAUUUCUAGGCUCUUAUUACACUUGGUCGAAUAACCAAGAUGGAAAUAAUCGCAUCUUUUCCAAGUUAGACAGAGUUUUCAUAAAUGAGGAUUGGAUUGAUAUGUUUCCAAAUGUCAAUGCAAUCGCUAGUUGGGAGAUAUUGAGGAAAUUACAUCGCCUUCAGUUUGUUUUGAAGAGAUUUAAUUGGAAGGUUGUUGGUGAUAUAGUUAAGGAGUAUGAGGAAAGCAAGGUGUUAUUUCAGCAAGCUAAAAACAAGUUAUUUUCUGAUCCAAAAAGCCAAAUUCUGAGUGAUAUAGAGAGAGCUUCUCACCUGGACUUUAAAAAGAAAGAGGCUGCCUAUGCUAGCUUCUUAUAUCAGCAGAGUAAGGUUGAUUGGCUGAGGUUUGGAGAUGAGAACUCUUCUCUGUUCUAUUCCAGCAUGAAGAAACGGAAGGUGAAGCUAGUGCAGCAACUGGGCUGCUAUGUUCAGUAUAAGGCAAUAAAGAGCCCGGGACUGGAUGGAUUUGGGGCUGGUUUUUAUAAGAGUUUAUGGUCUAUUAUAGGGAAAGAAGUGGCUUCAGCAGUGAUUGAAUUUUUUGAUCUAGGCCACAUUCCGAAGAGGCUGAACAGUACAAUUUUAGCUCUUAUUCCCAAAGUCACUCAACCCUCUAAUGCCUCAGAAUAUCGCCCAAUAACCUGCUGCAAUACACUAUACAAAUGCAUAUCUAAAAUGCUUUGUAACAGGUUAAUUCCUAUCCUACCUAAGGUGGUAAAUCAGAACCAAGGUGCUUUUGUUAAGAAUAGAAGUAUUGCUCAUAAUAUUCUAAUUCUCCAAGACCUCCUCAAAGGUUAUAACAGGAAGAGAGUGUCUCCUAGGUGCUUAAUGAAAAUCGAUCUGAGCAAAGCCUACGACUCUAUUGAUUGGAAUUUCCUUGAAAGUCUGUUAAAUGCUUAUAAGUUCCCUGGCAGGUUUAUCAAAUGGGUUAUGGUCUGCUUGAGAGGUUCUUCAUAUAGUAUUCUAAUGAAUGAUCAGCUUUAUGGUGAUUUUAAGGGAGGUAAGGGGCUGCGACAAGGUGACCCUAUUUCCCCCCUUCUAUUUGUCCUAGUUAUGGGUUAUCUCACCCGAGCUCUUCAUGGGGCUGCUAAAGAUAAGCAUUUCAGAUUUCAUCCGCUCUGUAAAACUUUAAAUAUUACUAAUCUUUGUUUUGCGGAUGAUUUGUUGCUAAUGUGCAAAGCUCAUCUCAGCUCAAUUCAGAUUAUGCAGCAGGCGUUCAAGGCGUUUUCAUCAGCUUCAGUUCUGAGCAUUAAUCAUGCUAAAUCUAGCAUUUAUUUUGGAGGAAUUACUUCAGCUGAGAAGGAGAAGUUGUUGUGUAUAUCUAAUUUGAGAGAAGGACAUUUUCCUCUUAAGUAUUUAGGAGUUCCUUUGAGGCCUACUAAGUGGAAAGCUAUGGAUUGCGAUAUAAUAAUUUCGAAAAUUCGUCAAAGGCUUCAUGGUUGGGCUAGUCGUAACCUGUCUUAUGCGGGGCGUGUGCAGUUAAUUCAGUCGGUUCUCUUGGGGAUUAGGACUUUUGGAUGA